AUGGAAUGCUCGCCAUUAGAUGGUAUCGGCUGGACCGCCGAAGGUAAUCGAGAACCCGAAAUUACUAACUGCCGCCCAUUUUUUCCGCGAAUUAAACAUGCCGUAAGAUUAAUACCAAUGGUUAUCAGAAUCUGUAUGUACACCUUCAAAGAAUGGUGGGGAGGUCGAGAAGCGUUUAUUAACAUAUUCAAACCAUUAUGGCAUUUCACAUAUGCUGGUGUUCCGCUCGGAGGAAUUGGGUGUGGCUCGAUUGGCACCGAUUAUCGUGGAGCCUUUGGGCGAUUUUCAAUUAUUCCGGGAAUCAAGGAACAAAUGUGUGAUAAUAUCAAAGCUAAUCAAUUUAUCGUAACCGUUCGAUCUCUAACUGGAGUUUUAAUAUAUCAAUCAUUACUAAGUUGUGCAGAAUUCUCUUCAAGACAUUUGAAAUGCUGGAAAACAAUGCCUGCUGAAAAUACAAAAUAUCGUGGAUUAUAUCCUCGUGCUUGGAGGAAACAUACAUUAGGAAAUACUAACAUUACUAUUAUCGUAGAGCAACUGUCUCCUAUUCUCCCUCACAAUUACGAGGACUCAUCACUUCCCGUGGCAAAUUUUGAAUUUACGGUCAUUAAUAACGCCACGGUUGAUGUGGAUGUUUCAAUUACAUUCACUUUCCGUAACGGAACUGGCAAUAAAAAAUGGAAUGCGGAAAGUGUCUGCAAACCAAAUAAGGUGAACACAUUUAAUUCAACUGGAAUGACGUUGUCACAUACAGUAUGCCAAAUGCCGGUUACAUAUGGAGUCAUGGCGAAAAAUGAAGAUGAAAAUGAGAUUUCGACAGGAACGUUCGAUCCAAAUGGCACAGGACUCGAAGUUUUAGAUUCAUUGAGAUCAUGUGGUUCUCUCAAAGAACUGGAGGAAAAUUUGCCAAAUAUGAAAGAACUAGCAGUGGCUGUGUGCUCAAAAUUUAGUGUUUCAUCGAAUUCUAGGACGCAAACUCGCUUCAGUUUGGCUUGGUAUACGCCGGAAGUUCAUUUUGGAACUAAGCAGCGAAAGUAUUUGAGACGCUAUACAAGAUUCUUCAAUGGAAAAGAUGAUUCUCAAGUUACCGCAAGAAUCGCUGACCAUGCUAUAGUCAAGUUUGAGGAAUGGAGAAAUAUAAUCGAGCAAUGGCAACUACCUGUUCUAAAAAAUGGAAACCUUCCCGACUGGUAUAAAUCAGCAUUGUUUAAUGAGCUUUACUAUGUUUCUGACGGAAGCUGUGUUUGGUUCGAAUAUGACGACAACUGGAAACAGGAGGAAACCCUAAUGUCAAAUGAAUCCAUUGAACAUUUCAAUGAAUUUGGAAGAUUUGGAUAUAUGGAGUCUUGGGAAUACUUUAUGUUCAACACUUAUGAUGUUCAUUUCUACUCUAGCUGGGCGUUUUUGAAAAAUUGGCCUGAAAUCGAGAUGUCAAUUCAGCUCGAUUUUUGCGAUCAAAUUUGUCGGACAGAUAAUAACGAGGAGACAUCGAUGGCUGAAGGAACGAACAUGUUGGUAAAGAGAUUUGCAAGGGUUCCACAUGAUAUGGGGCAUCCAUUGGGUGAUCCUUGGAUUCACACGAAUGCUUACAUUCUUCACGAUACCUCUGAUUGGAAGGACUUGAAUUUAAAGUUUGUUAUCAGUUGCUGGAGAGAUCACUCAUAUAUUGCCAAAAAUAGGCAAUCGGGAAUUCAAAUUUUAAAAAACUUUUAUGAGAAAAGCAAAUUGAUAAUCGAACGUGCGCUUUCUGAUUGGGAUAUUGAUGGGGAUCAAAUGAUCGAAAAUUCAGGAUUUGCCGAUCAAACUUAUGAUGUAUGGACAAUGACAGGAACAAGUGCAUAUUGUGGAUCUCUCUGGCUUGCUGCGCUUUCCUCUUUUAUCCAAAUGGCAGAAGUCGUUGAAGAGAAAGAAGAGGCUUCUAAGUAUAGAGAAAUUCUGAAAGUCGCCGGCGAAGUCUACAUAAAGAAACUUUGGAAUGGGCGAUAUUUUUCGUUUGACGAGAAUCCAGAAAACCAAGAUGUCAUUAUGGCCGAUCAGCUUUCCGGAAUUUGGGCACUCUCAAUGUGUAAUCUUGACAAAAUAUUGGAAGAUGAGAAGAUCACAUCCGCACUUUCAACAGUUUUCAAGUUUAAUGUUGAAAAAUAUCAAAAUUGCCAACUGGGCGCUGUCAAUGGAUACUUAUCAUCUGGUAAAGUCGAUACUUCGAGUAUUCAGAGUGAAGAAGUUUGGUCCGGCAUUACUUAUGCGUUAUCGUCGUUUAUGAUUGAAAUGGUAGGCCUAACAAAAGAAGCUUUCAAAACAUCUGAAGGGUUAUUUAACGGUAUUUGGUGCCGUCAUCCAUUGCAAUAUCAGACACCCGAAGCCAUUGUUUCGUAUCGAAUGUACCGCGCCAUUGGUUACAUGAGACCGCUUUCAAUAUGGGCGAUGCAACAUUCCAUCGAGCGAAAACUCUAA